UUAUUCCUUCUUUUUAAAGAGCACCAUCUAAACGUGACGGGACAUAAUGUAAGUGCCUGUAGUUUUCAAGUGUUUUGGAGCCCCGUCCCGCUUGGCAUUCAAGGUUACAUGGUGAAGUACUGGGGCGAGAAAGAGAAUAAAGAGUCUGCGAGUGCGCGGAUUGUGUGCAACACAACACAUAGUUUACUGAUUGACAGCUUAAAACCCUCUACAAGCUAUGUAGUACAGGUCACAGCCUUUUGGAGUGGACAGGUUGUUAGAGGCCAAGUAAAUAUUUCCACGGAGGAAAGGGAUUCCUGUUUUUCAGUUUCGUUGGAAUACAAGCUUAACGUUACUGGCCACAAUGUAUCUGGCAGUGAAAUACAAGUUUACUGGAAUCCAGUCCCACUUGACAUUCAAGGUUAUAGGGUUAAGUACUGGGCCUUGACAGACGGCGAGGACGCUGCAGAUAUCAGAAACGUUUCAAACACGACGCAUAGCUUGUUGAUUGACAGAUUAAAACCCUCCACAGUUUAUACAGUGCAGGUGACAGCUCUCUUGACUGGACAAGUCAUUAGGGGUGAAGCAAACAUUUCCACAGAUAAAAGCGGUAUGUGAAAAUUUACGAUUUUUGUCAGUUGAUCAAAUGAAAAAUCUAAGCUUCCUGAAUGUGUGUGUAUAACGUAUCAAUCAUUUUACAGCGCUUAGCAUAAUAAUUCCAUAAAUUAAAAAACUCUGUAAAAUGUCAAGGAUGACAAAAGCUACCAUAGUUCCACAAUUUUGUCUUUUACUUUUGUUCACUAGAUUAUAAGCUUAACGUCACGGGCCACAAUGUAUCUGACAGUAAAAUACAAGUGUUCUGGAACCCACUCUCACUGGACCUGAUUCAUGGAUACAGCGUUAGGUACUGGGCCCUGGAGGGAGACUGGGUCUCUACAGCUGUUAGAAACGUUUCAAAGACGACCCACAGUCUGUUGAUUGACAGAUUAAGGCCCUCUACAGUUUAUGUGGUGCAAGUGACAGCACUGUUGACUGGACAGAUUAUUAGAGAAGAGGCAAAUAUCUCCACAGACGCCGAGCCAGGUAUGUAUGAGUGGUCCUCGUUUCUGAGUUGUAAAGCAAAUAAUUAGAAAAUGAAAGCCGGUACUAACAAGGAAUACCUGUACAUUCAUUCAAAAUAUUUGAAAAAUCUAAGCUACCUGUAGGAAACUUUUUAGUGGUGACAUAUUUCGGCAAUACUUCCGGCUAAAAUGGCUGAGAAUAAUGUCAAUGUCACGCUUGAUUAAAAAUACCAUCGAAUUAUAAUGAUGUACCAGAAACUCGGAUAUCAUUACAUAGGACAGGAGCCCUAUUGAUAGGCUCCUGAUAGAACAAAAGGAGCGUAAAUUUGUCUCUUGUUGGAAAUAGAUGGCAACUAAAAUGUACGCCGGUAGUCACGGACUAUCAGUAUGACUGUAGGACAAAUUAAAGUUUCUAGUAAUAAACUCUAGUACCACUAAGAUCAAUAAUUACAAUUAUCAAUCGUUAGCUCCUUGUGAUGCGCCGAACCAGCUUACUACCCGCGACAUCACAGCUACCAGUGCAAUCUUAGAUUGGGUUUACGACGGAGCAUGCGCAGCAGCUGGUUUGGUCACGGGGUACAGAUUAACCUACACAAGUCAUGGGAUUCCCACUGAGUUGGACAUCCCGGAUGUGCAAACCACUGAGACACAGCUAGACCAGCUGACGCCAGAAACAACCUAUUGGGUUGAAGUAUUAGCCUUAACUUCUGAUGGUAAAAACAGCCCGCCUUCUGACUGGGUGGAGUUUACAACCGAACAUGAUAGUGGUAGGUCGCACAAUUUUGAACCUUUUUCAUGUCGGAGAAACACAUCUUUUUACUUUCUCAAACUCAUAUUAUUAGAGUGUUUUUUAACUUUAACUUUGAAAUAAAAGGGUUUCACGAUUGUCUCUUGCUAAUUUUGCGCACGGCAUUAUAUUACUUCCGCAGCUUCAGACUUAACUCCCAAUAACCUUCAUGCCGUCUUAGUAUUAUCAGAUGCAAUAUCGCUGAGAUGGUCGCUUCCAGAGAACGACGAGGCCGAGGUCCAUCAAAAUGACUACACUGUUAUGUACCGUCCUGUAAACGGUGGGGCCGAGCGACACGUAACAAUAGAGGGACAUGGAAAGAGAUCGUGUUUUUUGUCCGGACUGAGACCGAAAACCACGUAUCAACUGCGUGUUAAGGCUUCUGGAGCACAUAAAGAUGGGCCUGUGUCACCUUCCAUUAACGUGACAACUCUCGACAGUGGUAGGACUAGCUUAUUAUUGGUAGAGGUAUUUGUGUUUUUCCCAUCGGUGUUAUCAUCGCGAUGAAGGCUUUCGUUUCCAAACACCAAAAUUAACCCCUACGUUUGUUGAAAGAAGUUUAACUAAAUAAAGCUAUAGAGGAAACUCAAAAUUUGUCAUGGAAUGUAGAGAAGCUUUCACAGCAAGGACCCCAAAAGUGUGACCGCUUUUGAUUUACUCACAUUCUUUCGUGCAGAUUUAAUCCAAUCAAAAUCCAGCUGAAAACUAUCCUAGACUUCUGAUUCGUUAAUGUCUGCAUGAAAGAAUGUGAGUUAAUUAAAGGAGGUCACAUUUUAAUGCUCCUUGCUGUAACAAUUACCUCAAAAGAUAUAAGGGAAAACUUAACUUAAAUAACCAUCACAUUGAUUCUCACCGUGUGAAAUUAGUUCCCAGUGCACCGCCAUCAAACAUAACCAUUAUGGCUUCAACCAGCACGAACCAACUCCCAGUCCAGUGGAAGAAAAUCCCAGAAACUGAAGCCAAUGGUAUUAUAACGGGUAGGUAUUUCGUGUAGGUAUACAUAUGACUUAGAGCGUAACCGCCACUGCAAACUCAAAACCAUUUCUAUAAAGGUUUAAAUCAAUGCAGUAAAUUUACCCUCUUUAAGUCAUCUUUUAAGCGUGUGAAAAGUUUUAAUACUUCUUUUGAUACUAGAUAGAUAGGAGCGCUGGAAGGAAAAUUCAACAACAAAUCGUAUAACUCCAAAGGAUUUCACAAACUCGAAAAGACAAGAGGUUCAAAUCGUCUCAAUAAUCGUUCCAGGGGCAAAUGGAUAAUUUUAGGAAAUUAGGUAAUUUUAGGAUAAUUUUAGGAGCUGCCGCUGCCUAUCGAAAGAGGAAGGGGUUAAAUACAUCCUAGCGAUAAGAUGAGAUAACACAGAGAUCAACAGUUAUCAUGCAAUAAAACUAAAAUAAGGUAUUUACAAUAACGUCCAUGUAGCCUACCUGGUCAAAUACCAAGCAGUCAUGGUUGGCGGAAAGAGUGUUGAAGAUGAGCCCGUAAGGGAGAAAAUUGUUGACGCUGACACAUAUUCAGUUACACUGGAUGAUGUACAGAGUUUUACAGCUUAUGACAUCAGGAUAGCAGGAGUUACAAAACGAGGGGAAGGAGUGUAUAGUAAGCAGAUGGUGCAAGGUAAACAGACGUCUAGAAAUCAAAAUAAACACAAUAUAAGGGCUGGAAUUCUGCAGGGUUAACUGCAAGUCGGAAAAUGUCGUUAAAAACAUGGUGAAGUCUUUUGGUCAAAGUCAACGCGGUCCCCCCCCCAAAAAAAAAAAAAAAAAAAAAAAAAAAAAAAAAAAAAAAAAAAAAAAAAAAAAAGGGGUUUUAAAAAAUUUUGGUAAAAAGGUUUUAAAAACACCCCCCCGAAAAAAUUUUUUAAAAAAAAAAAACCCCCAAAAAAAAAAACUAAAUUUUUUAUACAAAAAAAAGCUCUUUUUCUUCUCCAAAAACCACAAUUUUUUUUUAAACAAGCCCACCCUAAAAAAAACAAUGGGCAAAGAGAAAAAGAUCUCUAAAAAAAAAAAAAAACAAAAAAAAAGGAGGAGAAUUGCGGGGGGUAAACCGAAAAUCAGAAAACGGCCAUAAAAAAAUGGUGAAGUGUUUUGGGCAAAGAAAAACGGGCCCCCCCCCCAAAAAAAAAAAAAAAAAAAAUAGAUAUAUAUAUAAAUAAAUAAAAGACCAAUGAGUGGUAUUGAAAGAAUUGCUGAUAAGGAGUUUGAAAGCUCACCCCGUAGAGAUUGAUUUACAGAGAACUAACGCCUCAAAUUAAAUGGACUAAUUGUACUAUGCAAUUAAGCGCUGAUCCUUCUCCAAAUUACACAAUUUUGUUUCAGAGACGUGCCACUGUGAAAAACGACUAAGCACAAAUUACUGGUUAAAUCCGCCUUACGUCAUCAGCUCAUCCACGAAUCAGAACAUUAGCGGCAUUUUCAUGGAUGUUCUUGACAAGAUGGUACCUCAGUGCUGUGGUGACUGUUACAAUGGUCACGGAAAAUCCGUGAUAGAUUACAACCUGGACGGGCGAAAUAAUUCAGCGAGAAAGGACACAAAGCAAGAUUUAAAUGAGGCCAUAGAUCACCGUAAUGAUCUAACUUUUCCUGUCCACGGUUACACUGACCAGCGGACGUAUUUAGGAAGUUACAAGUAUGUCCCCGUGGUGGAGACCCCUGGUGCAGCUUUCAUUGUCAAACAUGAUCGUUUGAAGGCCCCUAUUACCAACGCACUGUUUACAAGCUGGCCUCUUGCCAUAGUCAUUUUAGUAUUUCUUUUGUUGUUCGGAUUCUUGUAUUGGAUGAUGGUAAGCUUUAGGUUUUUUUUACGAUUCAACCCUUUAAGUCCCAAUCUCCAAAUACAAAUUCUCCAGAGUGAUCUCCAUACAUUUCCGUAAAGAACUUAGUUGAGACAAUUUCUUGUUGAAGUACUAAAAGACUUUAUGCAAUUCCAGUGUCCGCUCAAUCGAUUCAUACAAAACUUCACGUAGACUUGCUACUCUGGGUUGAAAAUGAAUUUAUGGCCUCUCAUUUGAAUGUAAGAAAUGUUUUCUACCACAUAAACAAUUCAAACAGAAUAGAAAACAGUAGUAUUUAAGUGCCCUUUGCUGCUAACGAACAAACUUGUGUGUAUAAAAGUAGAAAAAGUAUUGAAACAAAAAUGUAAUAGGACAGGCCUAACCAAACACUCACAAUAUUGCGAAAAGCAGCUGCGAAAGAAAGAAAGCCUUGGGCGACCAAUGACAGGGAAGUAUUUUAUCUCUUUCACUCUUUUAUUAAGUAACAGGGAGGCAGCGUGACCGAGUGGUUAAAGCACGCUUAUAGAUUUGCAAUUCAGAGACCCCGAGUUCAAGUCCCGCCUAGUCUGCUACAAAGCCGUUUUUAGUGUCGUCACGCAACGCUCAGGUCCCGCCCUGACCGCUAGUACUUUACGGUAGUCCCGAGCUCAAAUCCACGCUCGUAAAUAGCCCUGUUAAAUCAGGACGUAACAUGUUGAUUGAAAUCGAUCAUCGGAAAGCUAGUCGAUAAGUCGAUAGCGCUCGAUAAUUGUCGAUUGAUUAGUUUAACUUGUCGAUAAAAGUCGAUAAUCACAAAGUUCUCAGGGCUGGCUAUCGAUUUGUAUCGACUUCAACAUGUCAAGUGAACGAAGAUACUUUGUAUAAGCAUCGUGAGUGUAAAAAGUUGUACGGCGCUGAUAAUGGCAAUAAAGCUGAAUAAAGUUGCAUUAAAACCUGAAAAAAACAUAUGUUAUCUUCUUCAAUCCGCAACCGAAUGUUUACCUCAAGAAAUCUGAAGAAAUGCGCCUUCGUUUGCACCACUCGCGUUCAAUAUCGCUUCUGUCGCUUAUUUUUUCCGGUCUUGCGCCGCGAUUGUUUUAGUCAGCACCGGUACACACCUUAUAAGGGCCCUGAGAUAGCGGGAAAAUGCUACGAUAAAUAAAGAACAAAUGCAGACAAAGUACUCAGAUGUAGUUAACUUUUAUUCAAUUAUUGCCGGUUAUUGUUGUUCGCUGGAUCCUCUUCUGUAUUGUCCAGGCUUGUACAGGCCCUGCUUUGCUUUUCCCCUUUGGAUGACGAGGAGCAAAUGGAGUACAUCUAAAUAAUUUAGGUGAUGAGGUGCGGUGAGUUGUUUCAUAUUGGAGUUUUUACUGGGAAGAUAACAGAGGCUACUAAAAAUAAUAAAUUCGCUUUGUUUUAGCUCUCUACUCAGCUCUAGUUACAGUGCAAAAUAAAACAUUGAAACAUACAUAGCUCUACAUAUGAUCGUUUUUUAUCUUUCGAUUCUUUUCGAUAAAAGUCGAUUGAAAUCGAACUCUAACACCAAAAGUCGAUCAAAAUCGAUAAUCACAAGAAAUUUUGGGAUCGACUUUUAUCGAUUUCCGAUAUUUGUCGAUUAAUUAGUAUCGACUUUUAUCGACAACGAUCGAUUUUUAUCGACUAUCGAAAUUAUCAACAUGUUACGUCCUGGUUAAAUUCGAUUUGAAUUAUUUAUUUCAGGCGUUUGCUCGGCCCCACUAGCAUUAGUGCUAUAAAUACUGCCGUGGGUAAAUAACGGAAUUAUUGUUAUUAUUGAGAAAUUAAUUACAAAAUGUUUAUUCAUUUGUUAAUUAAGGACUGUGCAGAAAACCCCGAGGAGAUCCCGCCUACGUUUCUAAAAGGAUUCUGGGAAGCAAUGUGGUGGGGGUUCAUCACUGCCGCAACAGUAGGGUAAGACAAGGUUCUUAACUUGCUGAAUAAAUCCAAGUGAAAAUGGUCCACAUUACUACAAGGUUUGGUGUCUUCUUGAACCAUUAUUCAAAGUGUCGUUCGAGAAAGCAGUUAAUAACAUUUGAAACUUUGGAAGCGUACAGCAACAAGUUCCCUUGCAAAACUAAGGAAAACGAAAAUAAUAAUAAUAAUAAUAAUAAUAAUAAUAANAGUUUUUACUGGGAAGAUAACAGAGGCUACUAAAAAUAAUAAAUUCGCUUUGUUUUAGCUCUCUACUCAGCUCUAGUUACAGUGCAAAAUAAAACAUUGAAACAUACAUAGCUCUACAUAUGAUCGUUUUUUAUCUUUCGAUUCUUUUCGAUAAAAGUCGAUUGAAAUCGAACUCUAACACCAAAAGUCGAUCAAAAUCGAUAAUCACAAGAAAUUUUGGGAUCGACUUUUAUCGAUUUCCGAUAUUUGUCGAUUAAUUAGUAUCGACUUUUAUCGACAACGAUCGAUUUUUAUCGACUAUCGAAAUUAUCAACAUGUUACGUCCUGGUUAAAUUCGAUUUGAAUUAUUUAUUUCAGGCGUUUGCUCGGCCCCACUAGCAUUAGUGCUAUAAAUACUGCCGUGGGUAAAUAACGGAAUUAUUGUUAUUAUUGAGAAAUUAAUUACAAAAUGUUUAUUCAUUUGUUAAUUAAGGACUGUGCAGAAAACCCCGAGGAGAUCCCGCCUACGUUUCUAAAAGGAUUCUGGGAAGCAAUGUGGUGGGGGUUCAUCACUGCCGCAACAGUAGGGUAAGACAAGGUUCUUAACUUGCUGAAUAAAUCCAAGUGAAAAUGGUCCACAUUACUACAAGGUUUGGUGUCUUCUUGAACCAUUAUUCAAAGUGUCGUUCGAGAAAGCAGUUAAUAACAUUUGAAACUUUGGAAGCGUACAGCAACAAGUUCCCUUGCAAAACUAAGGAAAACGAAAAUAAUAAUAAUAAUAAUAAUAAUAAUAAUAAUAACUAAACAAAAAAUGAUGAUGACGAUGAUAAUCAAAUGGACCGCUUGAUGCAGUGUUCAAGCUCCCUGCCCGAAUGGCAUGCUAGUUAAUCUCAAGACGCUGUAUCAUGACACUGAUACCACUGAAUACCGCACUUUUAGACUCCCGAGAGUAACAAAAAUAACGUGCGCGAAUGAACUUUGAGUCAUUAAAACUAAAUGUCUGUAUUUCUGCCCUUUGCAGACGCAGUACUACAAUGCCUAGUUACACUAACCACUUCAUUCAUUUGUCUAUCAUUUGCAUAGAGAUGUAUCAAGUCUACAAGCUAUCGUGUCUCUAGGGUUAAGUUGAUAGUAUACAUAUCAUGAAACGUUAAAGUUCCGGUUGUAUUCUGUAUUUGUGUAUUAUGUAGAUAUGGAGACCGUACUCCUCGUUCGUUCUUAGCCAAGGGGCUAGCCAUGAUGUGGAUGCUGACUGGGGCUGUGCUGUUUAAUCUGCUGACUAGUUAUCUUAGCACUGGACUAACAGUGCUUACUGUUCAAGAUAACUUCAAGUUGUAUGGUAUGGAGGUAGGGAAUACUGAUCGGAACUUCUAGUAACUUUUCACGUUUUUUUACCCUUAAGUACUUGUUAUUAGUUGUAAUUAACCUAGUGCAUGUUUUCUUUUGACAUUUUUUAAAAUUCUUAUUGAUUAGAUUUUUGAUUUUUUAGUCAGCAGGACCCAGUUCAUAACAGUACUUGGUACUGAAGGGUUAUCCUAGAUAAAUAUUCGAUUAUUGUUGUUAUUAUUAUUAUUAUUAUUAUUAUUAUUAUUCGUGUCUAACCUUAACAACAGUGGAGUACGUAAGAAAGAAAAAUAUCUGAACUUGAUCAACGAAAUGAGUAGAAAUUACAGAUGUGUGAGAUUUGUAAAUCUGUCCAUGAGUUCCCUUGGCGUUUUCUCCGAUGAAUGCUCCACGUUCUUAGACAUGAUGAAUGACAUUGGCAUUGACAAAAAGCAGCAACUUUAUAUAAUCAAGAAAAUGAUAAAUAUAGCCAUUAGAGCAACAUAUUACAUCUUUUGUUGUAGAAAUAGGAACUGGGAUAGCCCAGACUUAAUGCAAUUUUGAUUUCUUUUUUUUUCUUUUUUUGGCUUUUGUUUUGUUUUUGUUUUUGUUUUUUUUUCCUUUUUAAUAAUCCAAUCUCAAGCAGCAUUUGUAUAGGGCUUAUACGUAGCGAGAUUUACAAUUGUACAUUCAAAAACACAAAUAAAGUUUCCAUUAUUACGCCUAGAAAUGGGCCUAAUGACUGAAAUUAUGUUUGUUCGGAUAACAAGUCCAGAAAGACUGGUUUUGUAAGAUACUGACGAAGCACAACUCACUUUGAUAACUACGGCAUAGACUUGCUACAAAGUCGACCUCUCACAAGUUCUUAAAAGUGAGCGAAGCGAGCUUCAAUGCAUAAAAUGGCAUAACCGCACAGGUUGUCAAAACGUCAGUUAUUGUCAAUAACAGGCAAUGCUUUUUUUUCAGGUGGCUGCUCUCGACGAUUCUCCCGAGUAUCACCUGGCUGUAAGGAGAAACGCACAAGUAAACAAAGGUAAAACGCUUGAAGACGUCAAUACCACUACUAUAAAACUUAAGAGUCAACAUAAUCGAGAGAGAAUUUCUUGAACAUGGUUCAAAACUCAUUAAUAAUUCAUAAAGAAAGAUAAAAAACAGAUUGAAGAAGUUAAUGUUGAAUUAGUGUCUUUACAUCUGAUAAAGACACUGCUAAACUUUACGUCCAAUUUUUUACACCAAAAUAACCCCAAAUCUAAAUAUUGGUGCAAGAAUGAAUUCAUCUAUAUCAGAGAUUUUAAAGCUGUUAAAAAAACUCCCAGUCAUGUAUUAUCAGGUUAAAAAACUCGGGCUUCCCCUCGAGUUAACCUGCUAAUACACUCCUGCUCAUUUUUAACCAGUACAUAACAACUCUUACACCUCGCGCACAAGAGUUAUAUAUCUAAAUUUAUUUUUCUCAUUUUCAGUCCGCAACUACACGCAACUUGAAGAUAUAAGGGACGAUUUACUGUCAGGGGUGGUGAAAGGCGCCUUACUUGACACAUAUGUAGCAGCAGCAAGAAAAGAUAUUUUUGACCAUGAAUCAUUAGCAGUUCAUAAGGUAAACAAUGAAUGCACCAAACUUUUAUACCACGCCAUAUUUAUCCUAGCCUAAAUUUAAUUUCACAUAAACUUCAACUUAGCCCAUUUCUUGACUCCACAUGGUCCUCAAGUACUAGUCAUACUGAAGAGCUCUUGUUACGGCCAAAAUGGAAUGUCAACGGAGUUGUAAAAUAAAAAUUUUUAAAUCAGAUAUAAGAAAAUUUUGACGCAAAAUGAAAGUCUUGUGUUUGGAAACUCUCUUUAACGAUUACCUCUUGUAAGCGUCCAAGACCAUUUUCUGGGCUAACCGUUUUAACUUAGCCAUUGUUCUGAACCUCUUGCAAGCACAUACCUGAUACCAUGGUACUGCUUGGAUUGUAAUUUAGAACUUGCAUACCAGAAAUCUUCCUCUAACAAGUCAAUGUGUCAGACCUUUUUUCGGCAGAAACCCCUGUGGCUCAACUAAACCAAUUAGUGGUCACCUCACCUCCCAAAAGCAGCCACUGAAUCUUGGCGUAUUGGUUAACCUGUGACCAGGCUCACUUGUCUGAAUUCGGGGAAAAUUAUUUUGACGGCGGAGCCGCCAUUCAGCAAGGAAAAGUAGACGGCCCAGCUCUGCUGCCAAAAUUUUCCACAAACUUGCACAAGUGAGCCUGCUUGCAGACUACAUAUUGGUCACUUACAGAGAUUCAAGACUUCAUCUAUUUUGUGCCUCAUUAUGUAGUUCACCCCAUCACUUUUUCCUGUUAGAUGCACUCUUUACAAGGCACUCCAGAUGCUUAAGUCGUAACUGUUCUCAUUUUUUUUCAGCUUAUAGACUACCAAUCUUCUUUUGGCAUUGUCCUGGGAGGUAAUUCUGUAAGGCUGCAACACUGUUUUCUGGAUUAUCUUAAGCAGGAAAGAUCUUUUUUAACAAGUCUCAUUGACAAUUAUACAGAAACAUUACAGGUAGGAAGAAGUUCAAACUUGGAAAGCAAUAGAAUGCGAUAACUAACAUAAGCAAACUGGCAUAAAAAGCACGUAACCUGUUGUCUGGUAGUUAGUUCAUCAGUGUUCUUGUAUCUGGAAAACCUAAUUGGGCCAUUUGUGAGUUCCAAAACCCCUCACUUUCAAAACUAAGUGAAAAAACUUCCUUGUUAUAAUGGGUUUGCAUGAGAAUAAAGAAUAAUUUUCAUACCAGUGGCUUCAUACUUUCAAACUGAGGCUUGGGUCAACUCGGGAAUAACCUAUAGGUUUGUUUACUAGCUGUGGUUUGGGAAAUGAGCCCACACUUCUCCCUUCCCUCGGGGGAACGAGAGCGGGCCCAAAGGAGCAGUGGAAAUAGAGCCUAGAAACCUGAAAUUUUACUCAAUACUAAAUUUUGGUAUAUUACACUGUACAUGGAAAUUUGACAGACGACUUUAAUGGCUCUAUGUGAUCUACUUUAGCCUUCAACAGCCUCUAGAGCCGAGCAAGAAGCAACAGGGCUCUUUGAUAGUUCAGAUGAUAUCUACAAGGUGAAUGUGAUUGUUUUAUCAGUCAUAUUGACUGCUGCUCUUUUAUGUGGAGUGGUUUAUGAGCUCUGUAGAAGAAGAAUGAACAGAGGUAACUUAUCAACAGUUAAUGUUUGUGCUUUUAACAGUGAAAACAUUCAUUGGCAUUAUGUGUCUGUCAUAGAAAUUACUUCAUUUUGUUGUAAUACACUUAUAAUUUGAUUAGUAUUUGGGUAGCCAUGUUACUUGACAACUGAGUAAACAAAGAGUUACCUCCAGAGUGAAAAUGGAAGUGCUACAAAUAGCCCAUAAAACCAACUACUUCCAAGUGCCUCCUACACAGGCUAACAUGAGGUGAAGAAAAUAUUUUGACCUUGGUGGGAUUCAAACAAACCAUGACUUCGGUGGAUUAUAUCUACCGUUGUUUUACUGACUAAGUUACGAACCCUGAUAGGGGCAAGUAGUGUGUAAUUAAGGUCAGAAGUGGUUAAAGUCAAAAUUCAAUAAAACUGCCAAAUUUCAUUUUUUAAAGUGCUGAGAAAAAAACGGGGCAUGUGAAAGUACUGCUAACGAGGUUUCUUUUGAAUGGUAACACCACAGGAUUUCAUCUACAGACUCAAAAGUUAAUCCUCCCUUGGCAGACAAAAUCAUUCACUCUAGGAAAAAAAGUUUAUCUGCCAUCUAGCUUGGCAGGUGUAAAUUCAGGAAAAAUGCAGUUGCAAACUGUUAAAAUGAGUGUCAAAUGUUUGUGUUAAUAUGUACAGAUUACUUGAAUAAACUGCUAACUAAUAUUUCUUUUUACAAUUGAGAAGUAGACGAUAAAGAAAUUAGUUUAAUGCUAACCAGAAAGGAGGAGCUGAUCCAAGAGAUGAGAGUUUUACUGGCAGAAUUCUACAGUAAUAUGAACAGACAGUACAUAAAACUGAGUGCAAGACAUGGACAAGAGCGGAAAGUAGUGCUGGAUACAAUGAUGAAGGAGAUAAAAUCAUUACCACCUCAGGAGAGGAGAAAACGAGCUAAUUUGCAUAAGGAAGAACAGAAAACUUGGGAAUGCAAGGAUAAUAAACUGUAUUUAGAUGAUACCAGUUGA